CCUAGCAGAGACUGAGCUACAGGCAGUGCCUUCAAUCUAGGCUUUGGCAGUCUUAUCCUUGUUUGUGCAGUGAAGAACUUCCCAGUGUUGUCGGGCUGUGGAUCAGGUGUUUCACAUCAUCCCUGUUGUCCUGCUGUGACACACCAUCAGCAUGGCAGGAUCCCACAGCCCUGCCUCAGAUCCCGUGGCAGAACUGAAUGACCUCGAAUGCCAGCAAUUGAGAUCCCAGCUGGCAAAGAGCCAACAGGACUGCUGGGAGCUCCAGGAGAAGUUUCUCAUAGCUGAGGCUACAAACUUUGCCCUGGCCAAGGAGCUGAAAAAAUACAAUUGUGAGAAGUUUAAAAACAUCAUUGAGUCCAUACUGACCAAAAAGCUCCAUCUUGAGGAGCCGCUGGCAGAGAAGCCCACGGUCCCAGAGCUGCUCAGGCAUUGCCGUGGCAUCCUUGAAGAUCAGGACCAAGAACUUUCCCAGUUACGUCCAAAGGUCCAAAGGGGGAGAAAUCUAGACCACAUCCUGCAGCAGUACCUGAAGGACGUGCUCACCGUGCAUGACCCUGAGACCUGUACGGGGCAGGGCUUCCGACGACUGCUCACUGAGGCUGUCCGGCUGUCAGUGAGCCUUGAGGACCUGCUUGGAGCAGAAAAUAUUGAAGAGGAGGAAACACCAGCACAAGGACCUGUUGCUGACAGGGAGCUCUUGGAAGUGGAUGAAAUGGAAACCCCACAAAGUUCACAGCAGGAAACAUCUAUCACUGGUGCUGUUGACCACCUGCCGAGUGACUCCUGCCUGCCUGAGGGCACUGUGCAAAUGUCUCCUGAUGCUGAGGACACCCACGGUGUGCUAGGUGUAGAUGGGGAACAUGCUUGUUCACACAAGAAAGAAGAACCUGUCACCGUUCUCCCAGAAAAUCAAUAUCACGAAGUGGAGAUACAAGAGCAAGUUGUCACACACACUUCCAGCAGGGAGCUCCCAGAGGAGCAAGAGCAGGAAGACCCAGAUGACUCACUGGACGAGUGCUACCUCACUCCCUCGAUUUCUCCAGUCGUUUCUGAGCUUGACCAUUCCACGUGGAGCAGCUGGUGCUCCCUGGAGCAGCAGGACAUGCUCUCUGCUCCAGAUGCAAAUGAAAAGAAACAUGACAAUGAUGAAGUGCAAGAGGAAACACAAGCCCUGUCACACACCAGUCUCAUCAGGGAGAUUCCAGAGAUUGAAGAUCAAGAUGUCUCACAAGACUCUCACGGUACGCGUUUGACUCCUGCACUUGUUCCGGAAGCUUCUGACUGGCCCCAUUCUAGGAGCACCUGGUCCUCACUGGAGAAACAGCCUGUCUGCUCUGCUCUUGUUGUAGACAAACUGAGUUUUGUUGCUGCCCCUGAGAGGAAGACCCAUUCCCAGCUGGAGGGAGGUCCUCACAAAGAUCCCAUCACCAGCAAGUGUGAGAGUCAUAGCAUCAGCCCCAGUGAUGUCCCAAGUACCCCAAAAGAAAAUGUUAUCAAAGGAAAACGGAAGCCCAGGAAAUGCAAACUGGCCUGCAGGUUCCCUGGCCUGGAGAUGAAGGGCAAACCACAGCCCACAGAGAGGAAAAUCACGUGCCAAUUUCCUGGCCAGGAGAUGAAGGGAAAACCACAGACCAACAUGUGGGCACUGACCUUCAGAUUCCUGGGCCUUCACGCCUAGACAGAGAUCCCAAGUACAGUUGGAAGGACAGAACAGUAUUGCUGAUUGUAACAUCCCCACCUCUUCCAAA